AUGAAAACCUUCAUGAACAUGAUUAUGACACAAAUGAGUAAAUUGCAAACCGAAGUUGAAGGUCUUCGAGCUCAACAACGAGGAGGAGGUGCCCAAGCUUCUACCCAACCUUCAUUUAAUGGUAAACUUCCAGCAAGCACUGAAAAUCCUAGGAAUCAAGUCAAUGCUGUUGUAACUAGAAGCGGGAAGUCUUUGACUGAUCCACCCUCUCCAGACGAUAACAUUGCUCUUGAAAAUGAAGGGAAAGAAAAAGAACUUCUACCACAAAAAAGAGAUCCUGAAGGACAAGUGCAGACAAAGGAGGAUACUAGCCAAGGUAAAAAGAACAAGGGCAAGCAAAUUGAUGAUUCAGUGAUUCCUUGCAACUUAUUGCCAUUUCCACAAAGGUUGUGGAAGUCCAAAGAAACCGAGAGGGAGAACAAAUUCAAAAUGAUGAUUGACAAGUUGGAGAUAUCCAUGCCUUUUGUGGAUGCUGUUACUCAAAUACCAUCAUACAAGAAAUUCUUGAAGGAUAUUUUGAGUAAUAAAAAGAAGCCGGAGAAGAGUGCAGUGAUAGAUCUUAGUGAGGGAGCAUUGGCAUGCGCUGCAAUACAAAAGAAUCUACCACCGAAGUUGAAGGAUCCUGGAAGUUUUGCUAUUCCAUGUAUCGUUGGAGGAUUUGUUGUGGGUCGUGCUCUAUGUGAUCUCGGAGCUAGUGUGAGCCUCAUGCCUUAUUCCCUUUGCAAGAGGCUCAACCUUGGAGAGCCGAAACCCAUUACCAUGACACUUCAAAUGGCGGAUCGCUCAAUAAAGCGCCCAGUGGGAGUAUUAGAAGACAUCCCAAAUGAAUACUUCUGUUUUCUAGAUGGUUUUUCAGGAUAUUUUCAGAUUUCUAUUCACCCAGAUGAUCAAGAAAUGACAACAUUCACAUGUCAAUAUGGCACCUUUGCUUUCAAAAAGAUGUCAUUUGGUUUGUGUAAUGCACCAGCUACUUUUCAAAGGUGCAUGAUGGCAAUCUUUUCUGAAAUGGUGGAAGAAAUCAUGGAAGUAUUUAUGGACGAUUUCUCAGUUUAUGGUAAGUCGUUUGAUGAUUGUUUGAUAAAUCUUGAUAAAGUUCUGUGCAGGUGCCAAGAAGUCAAUUUAGUUCUGAAUUGGGAGAAAUGUCAUUUUAUGGCAACUGAAGGCAUAGUUCUUGGCCACAAAAUUUCAGCAAGGAGAAUUGAAGUAGACCCGGCAAAGAUUGAAGUCAUUUCAAAAUUGCCACCCCCAAGCUCCGUAAAAGGAGUAAGGAGUUUUCUUGGUCACGCUGGGUUUUACAGAAGAUUCAUCAAAGAUUUCUCUAAAAUUGCAAAACCCCUCACGCACUUGCUUGCGAAAGAGGUGGCGUUUAAUUUUGAUGAAUCUUGUCUUAUUGCUUUUAACAGAUUGAAGGAAGCUCUGUGUCAUGCUCCAAUCAUUCAACCUCCUGAUUGGAAUCUACCGUUCGAAUUGAUGUGUGAUGCGAGUGACUAUGCAGUUGGGGCGGUGCUAUGCCAAAAGAAGGACAGGUGCUACUAUGUGAUCCAUUACGCAAGCCACACACUUGAUGAUGCUCAAGUCAACUAUGCAACAACUGAGAAGGAGCUUCUUGCGGUGGUGUUUGCUAUGGAGAAAUUUCGGUCCUAUUUGCUUGGGAGCAAGGUGAUAGUUCACACCGACCAUGCUGCUUUGAAGUAUUUAUUCCAAAAGAAAGAUGCAAAGCCGAGGCUGAUCCGAUGGGUGCUCCUACUUCAAGAAUUUGAUCUGGAGAUUAGAGAUAAGAAGGGAUCCGAGAAUGUUGUGGCCGAUCACCUGUCCAGACUUGAAGGCAAAAAGGAUGAUGAAUUGCCCAUAGAUGAUUCCUUCAAGGGAGAAACAUUGUACAUCUUGACUGGAUUAGGAAAACGGUAUGUGCCAUGGUUCGCAGACAUUGUGAAUUACCUGGUAAGUGGCUACAUCCCUAAGGAUUUUAAUUUCAACAAAAGGAAAAGGUUUUUGCAUGAUGUGAAAGAUUACUUUUGGGAUGAGCCACUGUUGUUCAAAAGAUGUGCAGAUGGGAUUAUAAGAAGAUGCAUACCAGAAGAGGAAUUCAUAAGUGUCUUGAGCCAUUGCCAUUCCUCUCCUUAUGGUGGACACAUGAGUGCCGAUCGCACAGCUCUAAAAGUCCUACAAUCUGGACUAUUUUGGCCUAGCUUGUUUGCUACUGCAAGGGAAUUUGUGAGCAAGUGCAACAAUUGUCAAAGGACUGGCACUAUCAAUAGGAAACAUGAAAUGCCUCAGAAAGGUAUACUCGAAGUAGAACUCUUUGAUGUAUGGGGAAUGGACUUCAUGGGUCCAUUUCCAAGGUCAUUUGGGAAUGAGUAUAUCCUUGUAGCUGUGGAUUAUGUGUCUAAAUGGGUGGAAGCUGUUGCAACCCCAAGGAAUGAUUCAAAGACAGUGUUGAAAUUUGUUAAGAAGAACAUUUUUUCCAGGUUUGGAAUGCCAAGAGCCUUCAUCACUGACAAUGGCAAGCAUUUUUGUAACAAACUCUUGGAAAGGAUUCUUCUCAAGUAUGGCAUUCAUCACCGACUUUCUACGCCAUACCAUUCUCAAACUUGCGGACAAGUCGAGUUGGCAAAUAGGGAGAUCAAGUCAAUCCUUGAAAAGGUAGUGAGUCCAACAAGAAAAGAUUGGUCUUUAAAGCUAGAUGAUGCACUAUGGGCUCUGAGAACUGCCUACAAGACCCCUAUUGGUGUCUCACCAUUCAAACUCGUCUUUGGAAAAUCAUGUCAUUUGCCGGUUGAGUAUGAACACAAGGCAUAUUGGGCAGUGGCAAGAUUGAAUCUGAAUGAGGAUUUGGCAAGAGAAAAGAGGUUGAUGUGUUUGAAUGAGCUUGAAGAAUUCCGGAUGGAUGCCUAUGAGAAUGCUAGGAUCUACAAAGAGAGGACCAAGUAUUUUCAUGAUAAAAGGAUUUUGAGGAGAUACUUUGAACCUGGAGACCAAGUUCUACUCUACAACUCAAGACUCAAGUUGUUCCCAGGUAAAUUAAAAUCAAGGUGGUCAGGACCAUUUCAAGUGGAAGAGCAUUUUCCCUCAGGAGCAGUUGCAAUUUCCAACAAGGAGGGAAAAACAUUUGUGGUUAAUGGGCAAAGAUUGAAACUGUUUAAUGAGGCAUUCAAGGAGCAGGAAGCAGAGAGGAACGAGGCCAAGGCAGUUUGGGACCUCUUCCAGCCCAUAUAUGAAUACCAUUCGUUAGUGCUCAGCAAGCCCCGGAAAUCGAGAUUGGUGUUCAGCUCUCAGAAUCAUACUUCAUCCUCUUUUCAUUCUCAAUUCAUUUAUUGUUCUGAUUUUGAUGAUACCUCAAUUUGGGAUGAGAUGAAUCUAACUCCUCUCUAUGAUUUUGAGAAUGAGUUUCAUGAACUCAAUCAACCAACUGUUAGAGCUGAGGCUGUUGCUGAAAUUGAACCUUCAAGGGAGGUAGCAUUUCAGAGGAAAGAAAAAGAGGAGAAAAGGAUAUUUUCGAAAAAGCUUAGGUGCAGGGAGUUAGGGAUUUCCGAAUGGCCGCAGAAAAAAUUCUUAAGGUUGGAGGAUAACCUGGAAAUUUCUACUCCUCCUCCUUACCAGUAUAACCAUUCCAUUACUGAGAACUCCCUCUGGGAUUAUCAGUAUGAGGAAUGCGCUUUGGCUCUAGUAGGUGAAGCUUCAAGAUCCUCGAGUGAUGAACACAUUCGCAGCUUUGGCCAAGAAUUUGAUUCUAUCUGGAAUUUCAAGGAUGAGGUACCAGAAGUAAAAGAAAUCAAUGAGGUUGCAACUGAGGAAAUUAUAGAAGAAGCAUCCAACCCAGUCAUAACCAUUGUGGAUAAGAAGAGCACCUCUGAAAAAUCUUGGAGCAUUGAAAUGAUUUCAAAGUUCUUCCACUUACCAGUUGUCCAGGCGGCAAGGGAAUUACACAUAGGAAAAGACAAGCUGAAAAAAAUAUGCACCGAGUUGGGAAUCAAUCAAUGGCCACAUAGGAAAUUACAGUACAUGGAUCGACUGUUGAGCAAGUUUAAGAAAGAUUUUGACCAAGGGGAGAAGGUGAUUGAGCUAGAACACGAAAAGCAAGUUGACAUGAUUGGAUACCAAAGACCUCAAGGCCAAGCGCAAUGGAGGAAUCGAGUCAAUCCUUCUUGGAGCAAUCAAGGUUUUCAAGGGAGAAAUCCACCUCCUGGUUUUCAAGGCAACCAAGGCUUUAGAGGUGGAUAUCAAGGCAACCAGCAAUGGAGAGGAAAUCAAGGACAAGGUACGAGCCAAGCAAAUGCUCAGAAUCAGCAAGGGUAUUCACAAGAUCCGGACAUGAAAACCUUCAUGAACAUGAUUAUGACACAAAUGAGUAAAUUGCAAACCGAAGUUGAAGGUCUUCGAGCUCAACAACGAGGAGGAGGUGCCCAAGCUUCUACCCAACCUUCAUUUAAUGGUAAACUUCCAGCAAGCACUGAAAAUCCUAGGAAUCAAGUCAAUGCUGUUGUAACUAGAAGCGGGAAGUCUUUGACUGAUCCACCCUCUCCAGACGAUAACAUUGCUCUUGAAAAUGAAGGGAAAGAAAAAGAACUUCUACCACAGAAAGGAGAUCCCGAAGGACAAGUGCAGACAAAGGAGGAUCCUAGCCAAGGUAAAAAGAACAAGGGCAAACAAAUUGAUGAUUCGGUGAUUCCUUGCAAUUUAUUGCCAUUUCCACAAAGGUUGUGGAAGUCCAAAGAAACCGAGAGGGAGAACAAAUUCAAAAUGAUGAUUGACAAGUUGGAGAUAUCCAUGCCUUUUGUGGAUGCUGUUACUCAAAUACCAUCAUACAAGAAAUUCUUGAAGGAUAUUUUGAGUAAUAAAAAGAAGCCGGAGAAGAGUGCAGUGAUAGAUCUUAGUGAGGGAGCAUUGGCAUGCGCUGCAAUACAAAAGAAUCUACCACCGAAGUUGAAGGAUCCUGGAAGUUUUGCUAUUCCAUGUAUCGUUGGAGGAUUUGUUGUGGGUCGUGCUCUAUGUGAUCUCGGAGCUAGUGUGAGCCUCAUGCCUUAUUCCCUUUGCAAGAGGCUCAACCUUGGAGAGCCGAAACCCAUUACCAUGACACUUCAAAUGGCGGAUCGCUCAAUAAAGCGCCCAGUGGGAGUAUUAGAAGACAUCCCAAAUGAAUACUUCUGUUUUCUAGAUGGUUUUUCAGGAUAUUUUCAGAUUUCUAUUCACCCAGAUGAUCAAGAAAUGACAACAUUCACAUGUCAAUAUGGCACCUUUGCUUUCAAAAAGAUGUCAUUUGGUUUGUGUAAUGCACCAGCUACUUUUCAAAGGUGCAUGAUGGCAAUCUUUUCUGAAAUGGUGGAAGAAAUCAUGGAAGUAUUUAUGGACGAUUUCUCAGUUUAUGGUAAGUCGUUUGAUGAUUGUUUGAUAAAUCUUGAUAAAGUUCUGUGCAGGUGCCAAGAAGUCAAUUUAGUUCUGAAUUGGGAGAAAUGUCAUUUUAUGGCAACUGAAGGCAUAGUUCUUGGCCACAAAAUUUCAGCAAGGAGAAUUGAAGUAGACCCGGCAAAGAUUGAAGUCAUUUCAAAAUUGCCACCCCCAAGCUCCGUAAAAGGAGUAAGGAGUUUUCUUGGUCACGCUGGGUUUUACAGAAGAUUCAUCAAAGAUUUCUCUAAAAUUGCAAAACCCCUCACGCACUUGCUUGCGAAAGAGGUGGCGUUUAAUUUUGAUGAAUCUUGUCUUAUUGCUUUUAACAGAUUGAAGGAAGCUCUGUGUCAUGCUCCAAUCAUUCAACCUCCUGAUUGGAAUCUACCGUUCGAAUUGAUGUGUGAUGCGAGUGACUAUGCAGUUGGGGCGGUGCUAUGCCAAAAGAAGGACAGGUGCUACUAUGUGAUCCAUUACGCAAGCCACACACUUGAUGAUGCUCAAGUCAACUAUGCAACAACUGAGAAGGAGCUUCUUGCGGUGGUGUUUGCUAUGGAGAAAUUUCGGUCCUAUUUGCUUGGGAGCAAGGUGAUAGUUCACACCGACCAUGCUGCUUUGAAGUAUUUAUUCCAAAAGAAAGAUGCAAAGCCGAGGCUGAUCCGAUGGGUGCUCCUACUUCAAGAAUUUGAUCUGGAGAUUAGAGAUAAGAAGGGAUCCGAGAAUGUUGUGGCCGAUCACCUGUCCAGACUUGAAGGCAAAAAGGAUGAUGAAUUGCCCAUAGAUGAUUCCUUCAAGGGAGAAACAUUGUACAUCUUGACUGGAUUAGGAAAACGGUAUGUGCCAUGGUUCGCAGACAUUGUGAAUUACCUGGUAAGUGGCUACAUCCCUAAGGAUUUUAAUUUCAACAAAAGGAAAAGGUUUUUGCAUGAUGUGAAAGAUUACUUUUGGGAUGAGCCACUGUUGUUCAAAAGAUGUGCAGAUGGGAUUAUAAGAAGAUGCAUACCAGAAGAGGAAUUCAUAAGUGUCUUGAGCCAUUGCCAUUCCUCUCCUUAUGGUGGACACAUGAGUGCCGAUCGCACAGCUCUAAAAGUCCUACAAUCUGGACUAUUUUGGCCUAGCUUGUUUGCUACUGCAAGGGAAUUUGUGAGCAAGUGCAACAAUUGUCAAAGGACUGGCACUAUCAAUAGGAAACAUGAAAUGCCUCAGAAAGGUAUACUCGAAGUGGAACUCUUUGAUGUAUGGGGAAUGGACUUCAUGGGUCCAUUUCCAAGGUCAUUUGGGAAUGAGUAUAUCCUUGUAGCUGUGGAUUAUGUGUCUAAAUGGGUGGAAGCUGUUGCAACCCCAAGGAAUGAUUCAAAGACAGUGUUGAAAUUUGUUAAGAAGAACAUUUUUUCCAGGUUUGGAAUGCCAAGAGCCUUCAUCACUGACAAUGGCAAGCAUUUUUGUAACAAACUCUUGGAAAGGAUUCUUCUCAAGUAUGGCAUUCAUCACCGACUUUCUACGCCAUACCAUUCUCAAACUUGCGGACAAGUCGAGUUGGCAAAUAGGGAGAUCAAGUCAAUCCUUGAAAAGGUAGUGAGUCCAACAAGAAAAGAUUGGUCUUUAAAGCUAGAUGAUGCACUAUGGGCUCUGAGAACUGCCUACAAGACCCCUAUUGGUGUCUCACCAUUCAAACUCGUCUUUGGAAAAUCAUGUCAUUUGCCGGUUGAGUAUGAACACAAGGCAUAUUGGGCAGUGGCAAGAUUGAAUCUGAAUGAGGAUUUGGCAAGAGAAAAGAGGUUGAUGUGUUUGAAUGAGCUUGAAGAAUUCCGGAUGGAUGCCUAUGAGAAUGCUAGGAUCUACAAAGAGAGGACCAAGUAUUUUCAUGAUAAAAGGAUUUUGAGGAGAUACUUUGAACCUGGAGACCAAGUUCUACUCUACAACUCAAGACUCAAGUUGUUCCCAGGUAAAUUAAAAUCAAGGUGGUCAGGACCAUUUCAAGUGGAAGAGCAUUUUCCCUCAGGAGCAGUUGCAAUUUCCAACAAGGAGGGAAAAACAUUUGUGGUUAAUGGGCAAAGAUUGAAACUGUUUAAUGAGGCAUUCAAGGAGCAGGAAGCAGAGAGGAACGAGGCCAAGGCAGUUUGGGACCUCUUCCAGCCCAUAUAUGAAUAAAGAAUCAGGGGUCGAGCUCAUGACCUUAAACGAGCGCUUCUUGGGAGGCAACCCAAGAUUUUAUUUGAUGUGAGUUUUAAUUUGUUGAUUUAAUUUUCCUAGUUUCAAUAAUGACCGACAUUGUACUAUCGCUCUUUUUACAAAAGCCAUUCGUUAGUGCUCAGCAAGCCCCGGAAAUCGAGAUUGGUGUUCAGCUCUCAGGUUAGUAUGUCCUGUUCUUUAUCCUUUAAAAUUGUCUUUUCUUUCUUCUGAUAAGAAUUCUUGACUUAGCUUGUUGUUUUUCCCCAACCUCUGCUUACUUUCUCAUUCUUCUUCAUUGAUGUGAUUCCUUGCUAUUUAAUCUUUCUAAUCAAAUGAAGAAUCAUACUUCAUCCUCUUUUCAUUCUCAAUUCAUUUAUUGUUCUGAUUUUGAUGAUACCUCAAUUUGGGAUGAGAUGAAUCUAACUCCUCUCUAUGAUUUUGAGAAUGAGUUUCAUGAACUCAAUCAACCAACUGUUAGAGCUGAGGCUGUUGCUGAAAUUGAACCUUCAAGGGAGGUAGCAUUUCAGAGGAAAGAAAAAGAGGAGAAAAGGAUAUUUUCGAAAAAGCUUAGGUGCAGGGAGUUAGGGAUUUCCGAAUGGCCGCAGAAAAAAUUCUUAAGGUUGGAGGAUAACCUGGAAAUUUCUACUCCUCCUCCUUACCAGUAUAACCAUUCCAUUACUGAGAACUCCCUCUGGGAUUAUCAGUAUGAGGAAUGCGCUUUGGCUCUAGUAGGUGAAGCUUCAAGAUCCUCGAGUGAUGAACACAUUCGCAGCUUUGGCCAAGAAUUUGAUUCUAUCUGGAAUUUCAAGGAUGAGGUACCAGAAGUAAAAGAAAUCAAUGAGGUUGCAACUGAGGAAAUUAUAGAAGAAGCAUCCAACCCAGUCAUAACCAUUGUGGAUAAGAAGAGCACCUCUGAAAAAUCUUGGAGCAUUGAAAUGAUUUCAAAGUUCUUCCACUUACCAGUUGUCCAGGCGGCAAGGGAAUUACACAUAGGAAAAGACAAGCUGAAAAAAAUAUGCACCGAGUUGGGAAUCAAUCAAUGGCCACAUAGGAAAUUACAGUACAUGGAUCGACUGUUGAGCAAGUUUAAGAAAGAUUUUGACCAAGGGGAGAAGGUGAUUGAGCUAGAACACGAAAGUGAGCAGAUGUUAGCAAACCCCAACAAUGAGUUAGGCUUAGAAACUCAAACACUGGGGGAAUCUUCUUCUAAAAAGAAAA